AUGGUUGAUGGGGAAAAUAGCGGUCCAUCAGACACAAGACACACGAGGCCAACCAAGUUAAGUGUCAAGGUCCGAGCGACAAACACAUUCAGGGGCCCUAGUGAAGAGGGCAGUAUUUUUUCUUUUCUUUUGAUGUUUGUGACAGGUUUUUUUGCGGUUGAGCUUUCAUUACGGCCACUGGUUAUGCGUUGGACUUACGGUGAACCUGAGCGAUUGUCAAAACGUGCAUGA